AUGAAACACGGACCGACUCUUACUGCAGAUGAGCUUCUUAAACUACAAGAAGGACGUCCAACGAAACGGCCGCGGACGUUAUCUACUCUCAAAACUUUUGCAACAGAGGAGGGCGACCAAUCAACCACUUCGCCUUUCUCCUAUGAGGACAUAGAAGACUCGGAUGCUGAGGAGCCCAAGAUAGAGGAAGCGUCGAGUGAAGACGAGCAUCAUGAGCCUCCAUAUAAGUCUCCCUCUGCAUUCGAGGACCAAGGCCGAGUGAAGAUCUCUCUCAUAAGAGAACUCAACGCGAAGGACAGCCUCUCCUCAGCUGCUCAUGUACACCCCGCAGGAUCCUUUGCUGAUAUGGGUGUGGUUCCUCCUCUCGAUGCUGCCCUUGCGCGUAUGUCUAUACGGGUUCCGACAGAGAUCCAAGCUGCCUGUAUUCCUCCCCUUCUUGCAGGGAGAGAUUGCAUAGGAAAUGCAAAGACAGGUUCUGGGAAGACCAUAGCAUUUGCAAUCCCGAUCUUGCAGAAGCUAUCCGAAGAUCCAUACGGGAUAUUCGCGCUGGUACUGACACCUACAAGGGAACUGGCAUUUCAAAUAUCUGAACAAUUUGCGGUGCUCGGUGCUGCAAUAGGCGUCCGGACGUCUGUCAUCGUUGGUGGCAUGGAUAUGAUGGCACAAGCUUUAGAACUUGGUGGCCAUCCCCAUGUUGUAGUAGCCACUCCCGGCCGUAUAGUUGACCACCUGCGGAGUAGUAACGGCGAAUUGGAUCUGUCUCGUGUCAAGUUCCUUGUAUUGGAUGAAGCUGAUCGCCUUCUUACAUCGACCUUUUCUCCUGAACUCAAAUUUUUGUUUGAGACUCUCCCUAGCGAUCGACAAACUUGUCUUUUUACUGCUACCCUGACACAAGCGAUUGAGUCCUUGGUUGAAGCCCCACCGAGACCUGGAAAGGUAAAACCUUUUGUUCAUAGAACACGAUCAACUGUCGAAACGGUUGCAACACUUAAGCAACAUUACGUACUGGUUCCCUCACAUAUCCGGGAGCCGUAUCUUUAUCAUUUACUUUGUAAUCCUCCGGAGAGCAUCACAUCGCUGCGGCGGGCGCCCCCAGAACCAAUCAAAAAAAGCAGAAAAUCAAGACACCAUGGUAAAACCGGAACACGAAAACCCGACCCGAACGACGAGGAUAUACCCAUACAACCACCACCUACAAUCAUUUUUUGCACAAAGCCUCGGACAGCUGCUUAUCUCACUCAUCUACUUCAGACUUUGUCUAUUCGCAGUACUGCACUACAUUCAAGACUGACCCAACGCGAACGGUUGACAUCAUUGUCACUUUUUCGGUCCUCUUUCAUCCCAGUUCUUGUAUCAACAGAUGUUGGUGCCCGUGGUUUGGACAUUGAGGACGUGGCAAUGGUCAUCAACUGGGAUCUGCCAAAUGAGCCCGAAGAGUACACUCACCGAGUUGGCAGAACUGCACGUGCAGGUAAAGGUGGUGUUGCCAUCAGUUUUGUGACAGAAAAGGAUGAGGAACGGAUAUCACGAAUAGAAGGGCGCGUCCAAUUGGAGGCCAUGACUAUGUCAGAAGAGAAGGUCUUGGAAAAAUUGAACGCCGUAUCAACGGCGAAAAGGCUGGCAAAUAUGGAAUUGCAUGAUUCGAACUUCGGCCAACGGGAAGAGAUACAUAAAUUAAAGUCUAAGAGAAAGUUGGAUGCAUGA